AAGGUGUUUGCUGAUGACGACACACUGUGCGACAACGAAAAAGCUACAUGUGGAAUGGCCAGACUGACAGGGAAUAUUUUUCCAAUUUGUUCGGUUCUUAGAUGGUACUUUUCGAUUAAAAAGUGAAUGUGUGUGUGAAUUAUUAAAUGCAUGAGGUUGGUAAGCUUUACUUUUCCGUAGUACGUGCGUAUAUUUGAACACAAGCUAGCUAGUAGUUACAACCAGGCAGCUUGGUCGAAGACACUCAGCAUUCAGUUUACAACAGAAUAAAAAAUACUCGUCAAAUGUCCAGCGACACUGUCAAAGAUUUGACGCCGUCCCGGGAGAACAAUGUUGCCACUGAGAAUAAGGAUGCACAUAUCGGUAAUAACGGGGGAACAGAGAUUCUCUCAAAAAACCAGAGGAAGAAGCUUUUGAGGCAUCAGAAAUGGGAGGAGGAAAGGAACCUUCGCAAGCAGAAGCGGAAGGAGAAGAGGCAGAAGAGGAGCCUUGAGAGGAAGACCCAGGGGGAGGAGGGAGGGGAGUUUGUGGCUGGCCGGAAGCGUUUGAGGAAAGAGGUGAAGCCCAGCAGCCCCCUGAGACUGGUGAUAGACUGCAGCUUCGACAACCUCAUGAUGCUUAAGGAUGUUAGGAAGCUCCAUAAGCAAAUCCAGAGAUGCUAUGCGGUGAACAGACGAGUGGUGCACCCUGUUCAGUUUUAUCUAACCAGCCUUGGUGGACAGCUGAAGCAAAACAUGGAUAAGACCGAUGAAGGAUGGGUUAACUGGAAGGAUAUAACGGUGAAAGCAGAGGCGUACCACGAGGUGGUGGCCAAAGAGCAGCUGGUUUACCUGACCUCUGACUCUCCCAACGUUCUGACGGAGCUGGACGAUACCAAGGCCUACGUCAUCGGAGGCCUGGUGGAUCACAACCACCACAAGGGUAUCACCUUUGAGCGGGCUCAGGAGCUGGGGAUCGACCACGCACAGCUCCCGCUGAACAGCUUCGUCAAGAUGAACAGCCGCAAAGUGCUGGCGGUCAACCACGUGUUUGAGAUCAUGCUGGUGUACUUGGAGAAGAGGGAUUGGCAGGAGGCCUUCUUCACCGUCCUGCCUCUAAGGAAAGGGGCCAUUCCCCUGGGCCAAGAGGGAACAGCGACGGAAGAGAAGGAGGAAGAGGAGGAUUCUGACAGAGACUCAGACACAGCAGAGACAGUCAUACAGAACACCCCGAACACACUGGACCAACAGGAGAAAGGACAGGGAGGACAGGACACACUGCAGUUGAAAGAGGCUCCCAAAGAGCAGACUGCAGCAUAGCCCCAAAUGCUACCAUGUUCUUCUGGGUCUUAAUAUAAAUUGUUAUCUGUUGCAAAAUGGUUGAUUUAGUGAAUUGCGAGUUUGAGUUAUUUUUGAUUGCAGAAUUAUAGUAAUUUUUAGUCCGUGUUUUGUUAUCAGAUUUCUGUUGAUUUAUGCUUUUUUAAUGGAAGAUAUUUGACAUGGAGUGCCUAUAUUAAGUGAACAAGUCACACACUUGCAGAUAUGUUAUACCUUUUGACCUGUUAUUGGUGCUCUGUAGCAAGUCUAAUGCUUUUCAUUAAAUUAAAACAGUUUGACUUACA